AUGGCUCACCUCACUGAAGCCCAUCUCGCAUCCCUGUAUGACGAAUACGGUGAACUCAAAGUUCUGGACGACAUCAUUCGUCACCGGGCUGGAGAUCAUCCACCUCGGCCUAUACUAGGCUACCCUCGCUCUGAAGAGGGCGUUGACGACUACGAGCUGAUCACGGGCUUGGAUCUCGACAACUAUGUUGACGGUGCAGUGAGGAAAUUCAUAUCAAUGGGGCUCAAACCUAACGGGCGCCAAAUUGUUGCUCUGCUGGCCCCGUCUAACGUCGACUUCAUCGUCUCGUGGUUCGGGCUCAUGCGCCUUGGCUACACAGUCUUUUGUCUCUCUCUGCGGAUCCCACCAGCAGCAAUCAUCCACCUUCUAGGGAGCACUGGCUGUAACACCAUCGUACACGGGCAGACGGGCCCAAUAAGCCGCUCUCUUGACGCCGUAGCCGAGCAAUAUGCAUCUUUGUUGUGUUUGCCCAUCCCUGUCCGUAGCGAGUAUGCCACCGCUCGCCCCGAAGGAACUCCUCGCUUCGUCCGCCAGUUUGACAGGGAGACUGAGAAUGCUCAACCCGCCUUAAUAAUGCACUCCUCUGGGUCGACGGGAAUGCCCAAACCAGUGAUAUUGACUCACAAGGCCGUCCUCACCCACGCCACGCAGGGCGCUGGGAUGAACAACUUUGGUGCGCUUCCCUGGUUCCACAUGUACGGGAUAUCGACCUCGUUGCAAGCCAUGUACCGGGGUAAAAUUGCCAACUUGUACAACACGUCCUUGCCGUUGACGAGCGAUAACCUUGUUGCGGCCGUCCAGGCCACCAAGCCGGGCGUCGUACACUUUGUGCCAUAUGCCCUGGGAUUGCUAGCAGAGUCACCUAGGGGAGUUGAGUGUCUGAAGAGGUGCAAGAUUGUCACUUCUGCUGGGGCUCGUACUCCUGACGAGCUGGGCCACCGCCUUAUUGCAGAAGGUGUCAACUUGGCGGUAGUUUUUGGAACAACGGAGGCAGGGCUUGCUGGAGACUCGAUGCGGCGAGAACCUGGGGAUGACACGUGGGAAUAUGUCCGUUUCUACCACUACCAUCGCCCACAUAUCUAUAUGAAUCCUAUUGGUGGUGGACAGUACGAAGUUGUCUACCUUAAGGGCCACCCAGGCUUAACAACAUCAAAUUCAGAUCAUCCACGCCCAGGUUCUUGGCACUCCAAGGACGUUUUUGUGCCUCAUCCGACAAUUCCCGAGGCAUGGAAAUAUGUUACACGUCUCGACGACCGGAUCACUCUUGUCAAUGGCGAAAAAAUACUGCCUCUGGAUAUCGAAGGCCGCUUAAGAGAGGACAAGCUGGUGCGAGAAGCCAUGGUUGUCGGCGUCGAUAAGCCCGUACCCGGGCUCCUGGCGUUCAGGGCCACUGCGUCGGACCAUUUGUCCGAUGAAGCGUAUUUGGACGCAAUCUGGCCCUCCGUUGCUGAUGCAAACUCACGCUCUGAAGCAUUUGCGCAAAUAACAAGGGACAUGAUUGCUGUCAUUCCUUCGAGCAGAACCUAUCCGCAAACCGACAAGGGAAACAUCAUCCGUGCCCAGGUCUACAACAAGUUCUCGGACGAGAUAAAACAACUUUACAGUAGGCUGGAUGAGACACCUGAGGGCGGGCUCAAGUUGAACAUCCAUGAACUGGAGGAUUUCAUCACUUCUGCUUUCAAGAGCCACGCUGGCGUUCUCAUUCCAUCGGUCGAAGACGAUUUCUUUUCGUGUGGGGUUGAUAGCCUGCGUGCCAUCCAAAUCCGCCGCUUCAUCCAGAAGUCCAUCGACAUAGGCCGGAAUGAAUUGCCCUCGAACGUCGUCUACGAGCACGGCAACGUGAGGCAACUAGCGAUAUAUCUGUACUCCCUUCGAUGCGGCGAACGACUUACCAAUGGCGUGGGUCUCUCGGCGAUGAGCUCGCUAAUAGCCAAAUACUCAAACUUCCGACAGGCUGUGAUUCUUACAGGAGCAACGGGCAGCCUCGGGGCCCAUUUGCUUCACCAAAUGUUGGGAAACGAUAGCAUAGCUCGGGUAUACUGUCUAGUCCGAGGAUCAAACCCGAUGGACCGAGUAAUUGACUCGCUCUACCAGCGAGGUCUGCAGUCGACAAAGCUCAGCAGAUCGAAAAUCGUGGCCUUGGUCGCGGAUGUUUCGGAGCCCGACUUCGGCUUGGACAAAGCCACGGUCGAAGAGAUGAAGCAGACCGUGUCCAUAAUUAUUCAUGUGGCAUGGCCGGUGAAUUUCAACAUUAACCUGGCAUCCUUCGAGCCCCAUAUCAGAGGUGUCCACUCCCUGUUGAAGUUCUCAAUGUCUGUUCGCGGCCCGGAUCCAGCGCAGUUCUUCUUUUGCUCCUCCAUCAGCUCGGCAUUUGAUGCGCCGGCGGGAGUUCAUGUCUCCAACGGCCCCAUCACGGACCUCAGCUGGGCGAGCCCGACAGGGUACGCGCAAAGCAAGCUUGUCGCCGAGCACGUUGUCCUGAACGCUGCUGCUGCGGGGGCACGAAGCCGUGUGUUACGCAUCGGCCAAAUCGUUGGCGACGCACAGAACGGAAUAUGGAACGACCGCGAGUUCAUCCCGAGCAUGAUCCGUUCCGCCACUACUUUGAAGGCGCUGCCGUCAACAGGAGAGGAUUGCUCUUGGCUGCCGGUGGACAAGCUUGCCACUGCGAUCCUUCAGAUUGCGGAAAGGCUGUCAUCGUCUUCGAGCUCAAAGCUAUCCGGUGUCGCCCAGCAGAAUCAGGCCAUCGUCUACAAUAUGGUGAACCCCCAUAUAUUUACUUGGACAGACCUCUUGCGGGAGCUCAAGUCGGCGGGUCUAGAGUUUAAUGAGGUCUCACCCACCGAGUGGAUUGCAAAGCUCCGGCAAAGUGCCGAGAGCAGCGACGAGGAGCGGACUCCCGCAGUCAAACUCAUCAAUUACUUCGAGGAGCACUUUGAGAGAUUGGGAGAGGGGCCUCAUCUUAAGCGCAUUGAAUUUGAUGCGAGCGCGAUUCAGAGGGACUCCGAGGUGUUGAAGGACGCGCCCAGAAUGAUCGAGGACGGAUACAUUAGGAAGUUUCUGUCGCAAUGGAUGGUCCAGUGGAACAGCUAA